GCCCGCGUUCGUCUUUCCGCCCUUUCCAGGAGGCGAAGUGGAGAAGAGGCCUUUAUUUGCUGCGCUAGGGUUUAACGAAGGGAUUCAACCAGGAAAGCAGACCGCCUUGCCGGCAAAGCAAUGGCGAGCGCCGUUGCUUCCCCGAAGCUCGUGGACGAGUCUCUUUGGUGGGACUCCUUCGUUGGACUCUUCGGCGAGCUCGACAAGGUCCCUCCUUCCAAUGACCCUCCUGAUCACCUGGUGGAGAAUCUCAAGCGGCACCGCGCCUGGUUUUUGAAUUCCAUUGCGUAUUUCAAACCCCCGGAUCAAACAUCCAGACUCGCUCUAGACUCUCCGGAACUAGCUGUGGGUUCACAUCGGCUCCUUGUGAAGCCUGAACUGAAAAAAGACGCUCUUCGAGUUAGUGAAUAUAUGUGUUUAAAUGAAGUGCAGUCAUACAUCCUUGUUCACCGACACCCCAGGAUUAGUGAUUCAACUGUUGAUGGUGAUGAUAAAGAAUUUUUACAUUCUAUUUUGUUUCAAUAUUUUCUUGAGCGACAGUGUUUGUUACAAUGCGUCAGAAGAAUCUUUUUCAAUGCCUUAUACACAAGCAAUGGAUUCCUUUUGCCUCAAGCUUUCAAGGAAAUAUGUUUACGAUUAGUUCAGGAUGGUUUUGAUCAAAAGCUAGUAUCCAUCUUCAAAGAUCUCUUUUUGUCUGUACUUUGUGACUCAACUGAAAUUGACUACAAGAUUCUCUGGGUAGAUGAGAGUUUGAUUGAAGGAAAUUUACUAAUGGACAUUUUGUUUCUUGCAUACUAUGAUAACUCUUCCAGUUGUAACAUUGAACAAUGGAAAACUAUCUGUUCACUUUUCAAGGAUGUGUUAUGUGGCCCACUAAAUAUUGGGAAAAUUGCAGUCUCAGUUGAAGCUAAGGAAUCAUUUGAUGUUUUGAAAGCUAAAAUACUGCUGAUUGUUAUAGAAACCUUGAACCUAGAAAGUGUACUUUGUAUGGUUCAUGAUGAAAUUUCAUUGAGAGAGGGUGGUUCUAUAUUUUCAGUAACUGAGAUUAAAGAGCUGGAUGCCCAAGUGUCAAGCUUUGCUGAUUCAUAUGCAGUAGAAGCAGGGCCUCUGCUUCUUGCAUGGGCAGUUUUUCAAUGUCUAGUAUUAUCUCUCCCUGAGAGAAAUAACAGUACUACUCUUAUGGAAAUUGAUCAUAUCAGUUUUGUUCGCCAAGCAUUUGAGGUUGGCACAUUUGACUAUUUACUAGGGAUUCUUCACAUAUUCAAGGAUUCUGAUGGUCCUACUUCUGGUUUCUUAUGUGUUGUGAGAACCUUGAUGUCUGCUUUUGUUGCCUCUUAUGAGCUAUCCCUUGAGAAAGAAGAUGAAACUCUGAUAAAAAUUUUGGAUAUCUUGUCCCUUAUUUACCAUGGUCAGGAAUCACUUGCCAUGCAAUUUUGGGACAAGGAUAGUUUUAUUGAUGGUCCAAUUAGAUCUAUUCUUUAUAUGUUGGAGAAAGAGUACCCUAUUCGUAUCUCUGAAUUUGUUCUCCUUUUAUCAGCUCUCUGCGAAGGAUCAUGGCCUGCUGAGUGUGUGUUCAAUUAUCUAGAUAAGAUGAGUGGCAUAACUACACUAAUUGAGUUCCCUAGUGGCUAUGUUGGAAAGAACAUUUUUGAUACCGUUGAAACUCAUCAUCCCAUUGUAAUUCCUGGUGUUGAAGGCCUUAUGAUACCUAGUGGAACCUGUGGUCAUAUAUUGAAAGUUCUCACUCCAAAUAUAGGACUCAUACGUUGGGAGUGUGCACAUUCAGGAAUUUUGCUGCUUCUCUUACGUAUGCUGCAGGACAUUCAUUCAGUUAAUACAGAUGACAUAUUGCACACUCUUACACUUCUUUAUAAAAUGGUUUCAUUUAAUAAGGGUGUGGCUUUUGCUUUGAUGUCCACGGAUAAGUUUCUACCUGCCCGACCCUCAAGAAUAAAUAUGCAACUGGACAUUGACAUGAGGGUUGAUGUGGUUAAAAUUAUAUGCACUUUGAUCUUGAAGUCCAUCCAAGAUAUCAGAAAUGCACAGAUGCUAUCAAUCUCAUUAGAUAUUCUGUCUGAGAUGCUUAAGUGUGCCCCAUCUCAUGUCAUUGAAGCAGUGGUGAGAUUAAACAUCUUCCAUAUACAUACGAGUGACACUUCAAGUGGUGCAUGGAUGCUUUCAGGAGGUCUUGCUAGAAUGUUGAUGGAAGAGUCUGAGGAAAAUGAUUAUACUGAUGCAUUAGCUGUUUCAGUUCUUGAUUUCACAGUUCAACUUGUGGAGAAAGGUGUCGAGGAUAAUUUGGUUUCAUCUCUUGUUGUAUUUUCGCUUCAAUACAUAUUUGUCGAUCAUAUGCAGUGGAAAUACAAGUCAAAGUAUUCUCAUUGGAAAGUGACAUUGAAGGUUUUUGAAUUAAUGAAAAGCUGCAUUAAAGCAUCCGAAGUCUCACAAAAGCUUCACUGUAUCUUCUGGGAUAUUUUAAUUUGUGACUCCUCUAUCCACAAUAUCCUUUAUCGAAUUUUGGGUAUAUCAAUUGAGUACUUGAGGUUGUAUAUCAGUUACCAUUAUGAACCAAAGGAGAUUGAAUGUGUUCAGCAUUCUCUCUGUUCUGCAUUGGAGGUGUUAUGUUCUAUUAUGGCGAAUAUAUCACAGGUAAAAUAUUCAUAUCUGGUGAUUAGGAUUUUGAGUUAA